AUGCAGAGGACGGACUCGAAGAAUAGAGGCGAGGUAAUAGGAUCUCAUGCGAAUCGACAAGAUGGACAACAGAUGGGUAUACGAGAAAUCCAACGCCUCCAACGUUCCAGGACGGAGUCGAAGAAUAGAGGCGAGGUAAUAGGAUCUCAUGCGAAUCGACAAGAUGGACAACAGAUGGGUAUACGACAAAUCCAACGCCUCCAACGUUUCAGGACGGAGUCGAAGAAUAGAGGAGAGGUAAUAGGAUCUCAUGCGGAUCGACAAGAUGGACAACAGAUGGGUAUACGACAAAUCCAACGCCUCCAACGUUCCGUGAGAGACCUUCUCACCACAAAUGAUGAGUGUGCCAUCACUCAGCUGCCUCACGUCCCAGCCUUGCCAAGGCCUGCUAAGCUUUCAGCACAAGCGAUCGCUGACCUAUGUGGAUCGAAACCACCUAGCGACUUAUUCAUUCAGAUGGUUAUUGUGCAUGAGCAUUGGGGUAAAUGUGAUGGCUCGUCAGAUUUGGCUAUCCUUGAGUUAAAGCAAAGUCUUAAGAGCUCAGUUUCAAUCUGCAUGCCUGAAAAUGACGCAAAACUGGCUUUGCGACUUAGCGUUGCCGGUAUCGGAGACAACCGUAAGUGA